UAAACUGCUCAGACGUUUUGGACAAGACUUAAAUCUACAGAAAAGAGGAAGAUCACAAAAAGGCAACCAUGGUGAAGAAAGUGGCCAUCGUCGGAGCAGGCAUCAGUGGCCUGGCCUCCAUCAGGAACUGCCUAGAAGAGGGACUGGAACCCACAUGCUUUGAGAAGGGUGAAGACGUCGGGGGCCUGUGGAAAUUCUCGGACCAUGCAGAGGAAGGCAGGGCCAGCAUUUAUCGGUCAGUCUUUACCAACUCUUCCAAAGAGAUGACAUGUUUUCCAGACUUCCCAUUUCCUGAUGAUUUUCCUAACUUUAUGCACAACAGCAAGCUCCAGGAAUAUAUUACUAUGUUUGCCAAAGAAAAGAACCUCCUGAAAUACAUACAAUUUAAGACAAUUGUAUCCAGUGUAAAUAAGCGUUCCGAUUUCUCAACCACUGGCCAAUGGGAUGUUAUCACCGAAAAGGAUGGUAAAAAGGAAUCAGCUGUCUUUGAUGCCGUAAUGAUUUGUUCUGGACAUCAUGUGUACCCCAACAUACCUAAAGAGUCCUUUCCAGGAAUAAAACUUUUUAAAGGCGAAUGCUUCCACAGCCGGGACUAUAAAGAACCAGGAAUCUUCAAGGGGAAGCGAGUCCUGGUGAUUGGUCUGGGGAACUCGGGCUGUGACAUCGCCUCAGAACUCAGCCAAACAGCUGAAAAAGUCAUCAUCAGCUCCCGAAGUGGCUCCUGGGUGAUGAGCCGGGUCUGGGAUGAAGGCUAUCCAUGGGACAUGCUGAUUGUCACUCGAUUUGAAACAUUCCUCAAGAAUACGUUACCGACAGUCAUCUCUGACUGGUGGUACAUGAAGCAAAUGAAUGCCAGAUUCAAGCACGAGAACUAUGGCUUGAUGCCUUUAAACGGCAUCCUGAGGAAAGAACCUGUGUUCAAUGACGAACUCCCAGCUCGCAUUUUAUGUGGCAUUGUGACCAUUAAGCCAAACGUGAAGGAGUUUACAGAGGAUUCAGCUAUUUUUGAGGAUGGGACAGUGUUUAAGGCCAUUGACUGUGUCAUCUUUGCAACAGGCUACAGUCAUGCCUACCCCUUCCUUGAUGACUCCAUCAUUAAAAGCAGAGACAAUGAGGUCACCUUAUUUAAAGGCAUCUUUCCGCCUCCACUGGAGAAGCCAACCUUGGCUGUGAUUGGCCUUGUCCAGUCACUUGGAGCUGUCAUCCCCACUACUGACCUGCAGUCUCGCUGGGCAGUACAAGUAAUUAAGGGAACUUGCCCUUUGCCUUCUGUCAAGGACAUGAUGAAUGAUAUUGAUGAAAAAAUGGGGAAAAAGCUCAAAUUGUUUGGCAAAAGUGAUACCAUACAGACGGAUUAUAUUGUUUAUAUGGAUGAACUUGCCUCCUUCAUUGGGGCAAAGCCCAACAUCCCAUGGCUGUUUCUCACCGAUCCAAAGUUGGCGUUGGAGGUUUACUUUGGUCCUUGCACCCCAUACCAGUUUAGGCUGGUGGGCCCAGGAAAGUGGCCAGGAGCCAGGAACGCCAUCCUGACCCAGUGGGACCGGUUACUGAAACCCAUGACGACCAGAGUGGUUGGGAGUCCUCUGAAGCCUUGCUUAUUUUGCAACUGGUUCAGACCAGUUCUUAUUUCUGUUGUAUCAAUUGCUGCUUUCAUUGUGUUGUUCUAACCAUCACUCUAUCUGGGAUUCUGAACAUUACUAACAAUAUCUGGGAAGAAACUUCACUAUAUAAAAAUUAAGAAUUUCACACCUCCUAUUUUCCUAUUCAGUGGGCAUUAGUAAGACAGUACUAUCGCUAGGCUUCUAAAUAAGUGCAUAAAAGAAUCAUGGCAUGAUCUAAAGAGUAUUUAUCAUUUCCCCUUAAUUUUCACUAACAUUUCUUAAUUCCAUAACAUUUUAUAGUUAGAUAUAUUCUUUUUAACUUAACUCAUCUGAAAUACUUGACAUGAUUCCUUUUCUCUUUUAACAGUCUUUGAAAUACAUAUUUCAAAUCUAAACAGUGAGUAAAUUAAGCAGAAUAGUCACAAUAUGAUAGUCUCAGCCUAAUUUUACAAACCAUUCACCAGGAUCAAGGGGAGAAUUUGGUUAUUUGGCUAUUAUAUUCUAUUUUUGUUUUCUGCUGUGUCCUCCAGGCAAUUCCUCUUGUUCCCUGGCCAAGAAAAGUAGCAUGAAGAUCCUGUCUGUAAUGAAAGUUAGCAAGAACUAACUCAUUUUAUUUAUAUUCUCAAUAAAGAAACAAACUUUCACAUGUAGCAGCAAGAUAAGGACAACAGCAACAAUGAGUGGAGCACCAAAUAUACCUUUUAACUGAAUGGAAAGUCAUAAAAAAUUAAGUCUUUAGCCAAAGCUGUGACCCACGUCUAAUAAAACCUGAUAUGGAUCAUAUAGAAUUAUAUCCCUUAUGGAAUGUAGUACCAAGAUAAAUCUAAAAUGUUACUUUUAAAGUAUUAUUACAUGUUACAAUUAAAUUUUGAUAGUUAAAAAUGUUUGACAUUAUGGAGCAGAUAAAAUAAUCCAUUAGCAUCAUCAGUUACCAGGGGGUUCUUCAUAUUGUUAAACUCUAUAUUUCUUAUUACACCUUCAAUUUUUUUCCAGACAAACAUUAUUAUUUUUAAAAAUUGUGUUAUACUUGGUUAUGAAGGAACAGACACAGAUUUGGGGGAAAAUACUAUUGUAUCUUUCUUCUUCACUAUUCCUUUCUCUAUUAUAAAAUACUUACAAAACCCUGGAACCUGUCAAACCUCUACCAGUUCCUAAUAACCACACAAAAAGUCCUGCUAGGCUCAGAAGUCAGGAUAGCCCAAGCAGAACAGCCCCUUUAACCUAUCAGAGACUGAGGACACACCCAUACAUUCAUCUAUAGCUAGAGCCAGUAGAGCAACAAGAGGAGGAGACCACGUUUUUCUCUAACACUUUCUUCUUUUCUUUUUUUAAUUCUCUUGGUAUUUUAAUCUUCAGAGCUAAGAUUUAUUAUGGAUGCUGCUAUACACAGCAGCAGAAUUUAAAUCAUUCCCUUUUCCUAACUAUUUAAGUCAAUGGACAUGAGCCAGUGAAAGAUAGGGAAGCCUGGCAUGCUGCAGUCCAUGGGGUUGCAAAGAGUCGGACACAACUGAGUGAUUGAACAACAAAGCAGAGUAGCAUUCUGCUUUGAAGUUCUUCUUACAAGAUGUGAAAUAUUCCUAAAUAUUCCCAAGUGACACAGAACUUUUCUGGAAACCCUAUGGCCUAAAUGGAAUCAAGUAAACAAAUUAAAUACAGCUCAUAAAAUUUAUUUUGUUGAAGUUAUAAAUGCU